AUGGCUGAUCAGGAGAAAAGGGGCUUCAUAGAGAAAGUGGAUACUACUAAUGAGGCCAAUGAAAAGAGCAAAAUACACUAUAUUCCGCAUCAUGCUAUGAGAAAAGAUUCAACUACAACACCAAUCAGGGUCGUAUUCGACUGCAGUUGUAAAGCAACACCAGAAUCGUCUAGUCUUAAUGAUUGUUUGAUGACUACUCCACCCAAUUUAAAUGAUUUAGUUAGCAUUCUUUUAAGAUUUCGUUUACACCAAUUUGCCGUUACUACUGAUAUAGAGAGGACGUUCUUGAACGUUGGACUAGAGACACAGGAUAGAGAUGUCACACGUUUCUUUUAG